AUGCAUCAACCCCCCGGAUUUCAAGACUCCAUUCAUCCAAAUUACGUAUGCCGUCUAAAGAAAGCACUCUACGGACUCAAACAGUCUCCUCGAGAGUGGUAUGCUACUCUUUCCAACCACCUGGUAGCUUACGGUUUCCAAAUAAGCUCCUCCGAUCAUUCACUGCUCACCUACAAAAAUGGAGAUACGCGCCUCUACAUUCUCAUCUACGUCGACGAUAUACUCCUCACAGGUAACUCCCCAACCGAAACAACUAAACUUCUCUCUAAUUUACAUAACCAUUUUCAGAUGCGUAACCUUGGGCCAUUAUCUCAAUUCCUUGGUCUUCAAACUCAACCAACAAGCACCGGUGUCAUCCUGCAUCAACAAGCAUAUGCCAAGAAAAUUCUGGACCGUGCCGGGAUGGCACAAUCUAAGCCGGCGUCUACUCCUAUACCCACCAAAACUACAACGUCUACAACCUCUACCGAACCCUACGACAAUCCGCACCUCUACAGACAAAUCAUCGGUUCGCUCCAAUAUCUCACUCUCACUAGACCGGACAUCCAAUUCGCGGUACAACAACUUUGUCAACACAUGCAUAUACCGCUCAACAGCCAUCACGCAGCACUAAAACGGCUUCUUCGCUACAUACAAGGUACCACGACAACCGGUAUUCCUUUAAACAGACAAUCACUUUUAUUGCAAGGCUAUGUUGAUGCAGAUUGGGCAAGCAACACUCAAGACCAUACCUCCAUCUCCGGCUUUUGCAACUUUCUCGGCCACUCUCCGGUCUCUUGGCAAGUCAAGAAACAAAGCACAAUCGCCCGUUCUUCCACAGAAGCCGAAUACCGCGCACUAGCAACUGCAGCCUCCGAAGUUUUAUGGCUACGACGACUGCUCGAAGAGUUCCAUACAACUCAGGACUCUCCAACGACGGUCUACUGUGACAACACAUCGGCCAUCGCCCUUGCCAACAACCCAGUUUUUCACGCACGAACAAAACACAUAGAGGUCGACUGCCACUUCAUUCGAGACUGCAUCAAGAAAAAUCACAUUGCUGUCCACCACAUCUGCACAACAGAUCAAAUUGCAGAUCUUUUUACAAAGGCCCUCCCUACACAAAGAUUCAAGCAUCUAUCCAGCAAACUAACCGCAACUCUUUAG